AUGCCUACCGCUACCGCUGCUUGGAGACAGGCCUCUUUGGCCUGCUCCAGGCGCUUGUCAUCGUCCUGCAGUGCCCCUCGCCGCGUUCUCGCCACUGGUUUCCGCGGAACCCGCUCCUAUGUCACCGAGACCAAGGCUGGCCAUGCCCAGGUCAACGUCGAAACUGCUAUCAAGGAGGAGCAGAAGUCGUUCAUGAAGCAGACCGGAGUUACCCCGGGGAGUGUUAAACUACCCGGCUCCGCGGUCUCGGGCGACUCUGCGAUGAGCCCAUCCGCUGGUAUCCUUAAGCAGGCUACUGUUAUGGACCAGGGCGAUCGCCCUAUCUAUCUCGAUAUGCAGGCCACCACCCCUCUCGACCCCCGCGUUCUUGACGCUAUGCUUCCCUACCUCACCGGCAUCUACGGAAACCCGCACUCGCGAACACACGCCUACGGUUGGGAGUCUGAGAAGGCCGUUGAGGAGGCCCGUGAGCACAUUGCUAAGCUGAUCGGAGCCGACCCUAAGGAAAUCAUUUUCACCAGCGGUGCGACCGAGAGUAACAACAUGAGUUUAAAGGGUGUGGCCAGGUUCUUUGGCCGUUCCGGCAAGAAGAAGCACAUCAUCACCACCCAGACCGAGCACAAGUGUGUCCUUGACAGCUGCCGGCACUUGCAAGAUGAGGGCUUCGAGGUUACCUACUUGCCGGUUCAGAGCAAUGGUCUUAUCCGCAUGGAGGAUCUCGAGGCUGCUAUGCGCCCGGAAACCGCCAUCGUCAGUGUCAUGGCUGUCAACAAUGAGAUUGGUGUUAUCCAGCCCUUGGAUGAAAUUGGUCGCCUCUGCCGCUCCAAGAAGAUCUUCUUCCACACUGACGGUGCCCAGGCCGUCGGCAAGAUUCCGCUUGAUGUCAACAAAUCCAACAUUGAUUUGAUGUCUAUUUCCAGUCACAAGAUCUACGGUCCCAAGGGUAUUGGUGCCUGUUACGUUCGCCGUCGCCCCCGUGUUCGUUUGGACCCGCUCAUCACCGGUGGUGGUCAGGAACGUGGUCUGCGCAGUGGUACUCUGGCCCCUCAUCUGAUCGUUGGAUUCGGUGAGGCUUGCCGCAUUGCCCUUCAAGAUAUGGAGUACGAUACAAAACACGUUGAGCGCCUGUCGAAGCGCCUUAGCUCAGAAUUGCUCUCCAUGGAGCACACAACCCUAAAUGGUGACCCCAAGGCUCACUACCCCGGAUGUGUGAACAUCUCCUUUGCCUACGUCGAGGGCGAGUCUCUUCUGAUGGCCCUCAAGGACAUUGCUCUCUCCUCUGGAAGUGCCUGUACCUCGGCCUCGCUGGAGCCCAGCUACGUGCUGCGUGCCCUGGGUAGCAGCGACGAGAGCGCUCACAGCAGUAUCCGAUUUGGUAUUGGUCGUUUCACCUCCGAUGCCGAGAUCGACUACGUUAUUAAGGCCGUCCGGGAACGCGUGGACUUCCUGCGUGAGCUGAGCCCGCUUUGGGAGUUGGUCCAGGAGGGUAUUGAUUUGAACACGAUUGAGUGGAGUCAGCACUGA